AUGGUCGAGGCUCUUCAGAAGUGGCCAGCGUCCGAAGAAGUUAAUGAGACGGAUUAUGCAUUAGCGAACAACAUCUCGGGUGCUAUGUACGAGGUUUUCGCUAAAGACAUCGAGCGGGGUUCGCGAUUCGCAAAAGGCAUGCAAAUAUUCACUGAGCAUCCCCAGUUUAGUAUUUCCUACGCGACUGAUCACUAUGACUGGGAAGCUUUGGGCCAAGCUCAGGUUGUAGAUGUCGAAGGUUCUCGAGAGUAA